GCGUGGUAUCGCCAGUCGAGAGCCGUCGCCAGCGCAGUGCGGCAAGAGUUUUCCAUCUGUGGAAAAAUUGUGUCGCGAAUGCCUUCAAUACGAGACACUGUGUCCCUCUGUGCUUGACUCUGUGCUGUGGGUUGUGUGUAUGGCUUUAAAGUGUGUAUAUAGUGAUUACAGCGCCCCCGGUCCACCUUCGAGCUCAUUCAAUACAUUUCACCAUGGAGGCGACACGGCAAGUGUCUGCACAUUGGCUGUCUACUGUAGUCCUUGUGUGCUCUUUCUUCACCUCUCACUCCCUUGACACAAAGAUCCAUGAACAUAUGACACCAGAUGAGCUCCGGAGCGUCUUCCACGUGGAUCACCAUAGCCUGGUCCCAGACUACCACCUCGUCCAUCUAAUCCAUCACCUCGAACGGCGGAACAUAGCCACAUCUCAAACGCACCACCCAAACUCCUUCACCUCAGGGAAGACACCACACGAGAAAUCCAAAUCGAAACCUGAACCGCCGUCUUUACUCGACGAUGAAAUGUUCACUAAAGUUGAUAAAUACAAAGAUGACAUCAUCGGUGAUCUAAAUAGCAGCAUCAGCUUGAAUUUCAAUGAAACGUCCGGUGAGGUCGAUGAUCGUGCCAGGGAUGUUCAUAAUAUAGACCUGGAGGCGUUUGGGAGACAGCUGAAGCUGGUGCUGAAGAAACAGGAGGGGCUGCUGAAGAAGGACGGUCUGAGGAUGUGGAGAGUCCUCACAAACGAAUCCCAGCCUCAUGGAGUCGAUUAUGAGGAAAUGAAAUCGGGCGAUGAGGAGGAAAUUGGUGAUCUCUAUCAUGAUGAUGAAAAUGGCGCAGCCCUGUUGAUUAGGAAACAUCCAAAACACGGGAAACUAGUUGUGGAAGGGUCAAUUGGUCAUGAUCUAGUGAUACGACCCAUACCGGAUUCUAUGACAACAGCUCAGGACGACGAGAUGUUCAUGGACCCCACCCGCAUGGAAGACAUGGUGUCUAUAGACACUGGACUGCCGUUGGUUAAGAGGCGGAAAGAGGAACAGGAGCGUCUUCGUAAAGCUCUUCAGGGCGCAGGUCACGUUAUAAUAAAAAGGGACCCAGCUCAGGGGGACCAUCUAGGGGACUAUGCCUUCAUGGAACCAGACCACAUCGGAAAGCGGUACAGACGAAAACGCUCCAUGGAAACCCACAGCAGAAAGAAGAGAGAGGCUCCUUAUGUAAUCUAUCCCGAGAUUCUUGUGAUCGUUGAUUACGACGGCUAUAGGUUACACGGCGGCGACAAUUUACAGAUAAAGCGUUAUUUCGUGUCGUUUUGGAACGGCGUUGACCUCAGAUAUAAACUCCUCAAAGGUCCGAGGAUAAGGAUAUCAAUUGCUGGCAUUAUUAUUUCGAGGGGCCGCGAUGCGACUCCUUAUUUGGAAAGAAAUCGUGUUGGUCGGGACGCUAUAGACUCAGCUGCCGCUCUCACUGAUAUGGGCAAGUAUCUGUUCAGGGAGAGGAGACUGCCCGUCUACGACAUCGCUGUUGCUAUAACCAAACUAGACAUGUGCAGGCGGCAAUAUGCAAACGAUGCGUGCAAUAGAGGGACCGCAGGAUUCGCAUACGUCGGCGGCGCUUGCGUCGUGAAUAAACGCUUAGAAAAAGUUAACUCGGUCGCCAUAAUUGAAGACACCGGCGGUUUCUCCGGGAUUAUUGUGGCGGCUCACGAAGUCGGACAUUUGCUCGGGGCUGUCCACGAUGGUAGCCCUCCACCGUCGUAUCUCGGUGGUCCAGGCGCUGAAAAGUGUAGGUGGGAAGAUGGAUUCAUCAUGUCGGAUCUCAGACACACAGAGAAGGGUUUCAGGUGGUCACCGUGCAGUGUCCAGAGCUUCCAUCACUUCCUAAACGGUGACACAGCAACAUGCCUCUACAACUCCCCUCACGAGGACGAUUCCCUCCCAAGGGUGCUCCCAGGGAGACUGCUCACACUGGACGCCCAGUGCAGAAAAGAUAGAGGAACUAGUGCGUGCUUUAAGGACGAUCGCGUGUGUGCGCAACUUUUCUGCUUCGACGCAGCAAGCGGAUACUGCGUUGCGUAUAGACCAGCCGCCGAGGGUUCACCGUGUGGCGAUGGACAGUACUGCAUCAACGGUCGCUGUAUUACGGAACACGAGAACAUAAUACCAGACUAUUCACAGCACACUCCCAGCUACGUGAGAUCAGAGACGAGUCCAUUCUACGGAAACAUCACGAGUACCGAAGCGACCACACAGCCAUACGUUAGCACGACAGCACCAGAAUACAAACAAAACUAUUACAAUUAUUUCCAAAAGAAAAGCACUGAAUUUACCUCAACGACAGCUUCUACAACUACCUCCACUACAUCAACAUCAACAACAACAACAACAACUACAACGACGACCCAGACCCCUAAUAUAUCAACAACAGAAAACGUAUUAAAACACCACAGCACAACAAAACAGGCAGAAGACAUACAAGUGACGGAGAGAUCAACGACCAGUACAUACCCACCAUUCAAAUACUCAAUAACCUCAACGAAAAGUCCCUACGACUUCAAGGAUUAUCUCACAAAAACAACUAAACCCGAACCGAAGCGAGGUUUCUUUGGCAAAGAAGAUUUAGAAGGUUUCUUCGGACGGGGGACCACGAAAAGUCCUUUCUCGAAUAAGGGAAUCAAAUCUGUAUUCAAAAUAGGAACUUACUAUUCACAAGCGAAAUCAUCAGACAAUUCUAUAAGACCAGAUGCAAACUCACAACAAGUUCAAAUCGAACCAGCGAGACUCGUCUUCUCUUACCGACGGAAUCUGACCUCGGGAGAGCUCAUAACAACAUAGAAGUGCCAUAUUGCAGCCGCCAUUAGCAAAUCGAGCGGGAAAACUGACGGCUGGUACUGGACAAAUGGUACCUUGUUACAAAUAGUGUCUCAAGUAACAGACUCGAUCCAGUAAAUUUAAUAAAAUCACGCGUAUAAAUAUUACCUCGGUAAUAUUAUCUGUUACGAAUUCGAUAUGCGAAGUCUAUGUAAUGUUACCAAACUGAAAUGUCAGUGUCACGUAGUGUAGUGUUACAUAGUUUGAAAUUUCAAUGUAUAUAUUAUAACUUUUGAAUUGUUUGUACGAAAGAUAAUAUUAUCGACGACGUAAUAUUAAUAUCCUGCGGGUAAUAAUGUGUUGCACUUGAUUGUGUAAGUGUCUGGGGACAAUAUUGUCGGGCACUAGUGAGUGAUAUUACAAUGUGAUUGUGUUAAUGAACUAUAAGUACAUUGUAGAGAUUAGACGAGGCCGGUAUGAGACGAGGUCUCGAUGGUUUUCAAAUAACUAGAAAUAAUAUUAGCCUAUAUAUUUUUGUAAGCGGUUGUAAUAUAUCAUCGUAGUAAGAUUACAAAAGAGAAACUGCCACAGAGUGCCUUUUUAUAAAUAAGAUUAAUACUCGUAUGAUCACACGGUAUUGUCUAUAUUUUUUGUAUGAUUGAAGAUAUUUAAAUAUCGUUUAUAUUUUCAAUAAACAUUUUCUAUGUACUUUUUACAUGCGACUGGUUCGCAAUUCAUGUGUGAUCAUGUUCUUAUGAUUUCUUCUUUGACCUAAAUUUUUAUACUGUUAUUUAAGAAAAUUUUUACUCUAAAAUUAUUUAUGUUAAAUAGAUUUGUAAUUUUUAAAGUUACCAUAGACUAAAAAGGUUUAUAACAUAUUUUGGCAAUUAGUUUUUUUUUAGGAGAUAGUGAACUACCAACUGACGUCACUUGCCUGUUGCGUAACUAUUUAUUAUAUGCCAAUUAUUUAUGUAUGAACAAAUCAUAAGUUUUCUCCUAAAUUUUUAAAUCUAAGAAAAAAUAAAAAAAAUAUCAACUUGAUAA